AUGGCGCCGCCGACCGCGAGUGCGCCGGGGCCUGCGGGCGCGCCGGCGGACCAGAACUACACGUCGUUCCCGGCGGUCAAGACGGACGAGCUGCUCUCUGUGCUGCACGAGAUGAACCUCGCGGUGACCGCGGAGGACGUCGCCAAGCCGCAGGGGGCCAUGGCGCAGAAGGUCUACAUGGCCUUUCUCGAUACGCUCGCCGGGACCAUGCCUGAGAUGCUGGAGCGGCAGCGCGACGAGAUCUGCGCGAACACAGAGCAUCGCGAGCUGUUCGAGGACGGCGUAGCGUGGCUGCUCUUCUUCCGCGAAGUGCGCACGAUGAUGGAGGCGGCCACGGUGACCGACUUUCAGCUGCAGGACCUGACGCGGCCGACGGCGAAGCGCUUCAAGCGGCACAUGUCCGCACUCGUCAACUUUUUCCGCUUCCGCUCCGACCGGCUCGCCGAGUUUGACGAGCUGGUCCUGGAGACCGAGGCGCUGGAGAACCAGCGCAUGGAGCUCGAGGAGGGCCUCGCGCGCGACAAGCAGGCGAUUGAGAGUGUGCUGGCGCAGCGCCGCGCGGACGAGCCGCGCGUCCAGCAGCUGCGCGACGAGAACCUUGCGCACUCGGACCGCCUGCUCCAGAUGAAGAAGGAGCAGGGCCGUCUGCUCGCGGAGGUCGACGCGCUCAAGGGCGACAAGGCCGAGGCCGUCCAGAGGCAGACGGACAUCCAGUACCAGCUGCAGAUCGUCGCGGCCGAGCUCGCGAAGCUGCAGUCGCGGCUCGCCACGGAGCCGGCGGACAUUCGGCGGGACGUGGACGACAUGCAGGCGCAGCUGCAGAGCGAGCGCGCGUCGCUGGGCGAGAGCGAGCGCAAGGCGCGCGAGCUCGGUGCGAAGGUCGACGUGCUGCAGCAGCUGGACGCGGAUGUCGCCGCGGCCAUCGCGGCCAUGGAGCAGGUCGCCGCGGACAUGGAGCGCACAGCGGCCGAGGCGCGGGCGCUGGAGGAGACGCGUGCGCAGCUGGCGACCUACACACAUGAGCGGCCGACGCUCGCGCACCGCCUCGAGGUGCUCGACCGGCAGGUGAAGCUGGCUACCGAGCGCCUCGAGCGUGCGCGGCGGCAGCUGGAGGAGAAGCGCACGGAGCGGCAGGCGCAGAUGGACGCGCUUACGGCGCGCCUCGCCGAGGUAUCGAAGCUGCGCAAGGAGCGCCACGCGCUCGCGGAUAUCAAGAACCAGGAGGCGACGAGCGUCGAGCGCGAGCUGGAGAGCGUGCUACAGGAGCACGAGGCGCACCGUGCGCGCAUGCAGCUCGACAAGGAGGCGCUGUGCCGCACGGCCAAGGCAUACAUGGACACAUUGGUACGGACGUGGUCGGCGGCUACAUAG